AUGCACAAGAAGAGCAGCACCGAUUUAUCCACAAUGGCGAAACGUCCCAGGAGCCCAUCUCCCAGGAAGGAUGCUAUAGAUGGCCUAGACCACGACUUCUGGGUAUCCGAACCAAUCGAGGACCGCACAUCCUUUUUCAAGGCCUUCUUCUCUCCAACCAUGCCUGCAAAGGAGCUUCAGAAUUUGGAUCAGAUCAAAGAUGCUUCACAUCGUAUCUUGGCAUGGCGAAGUCCUUCCUCGCAAAGAACAUUAGUCGGCAAUGUGCGCACUCUUGAAACCGGCACGGACGACGAUGGGGAGCGAUAUGGGGGCCGUCACGUGCUGAAAGUUAUCGAAGAGAUGCGUGUGGAAGGCGCCCUUGUUGUUGCACGGUGGUAUGGAGGCAUUAUGCUAGGUCCCGCGCGCUUCGCACACAUCGAGAAUUCUGCAAGAGACGCAAUCCGAGCUUGGCGGCAGAACGAGGACAGCGAAAGUCAGAAGCGCAGGCGAGUCGAGGAUGAAGACAUGGAGAAAGCGAGUUUGAUCGUCGAAUUGGCGGAUCGAGACCAGAACAUUCUGGUAUUGAGAAGACUUCUAGAGGAGAAGACGAAGCAGACGCAAUCUCAAACAGAACAGAAAGCCCCCUCAAGACCUCCUAUACCGGCACCUAGUUACAGUACAAUGCCUCUAGAACGGCUGCGGCAGUUCGACAAAGCACGAGACAGCACUGUCGCGUUUCUUCUGAAGAAGAUCAACGAAGCGGAGAGGCAGAGUGGUCCAGAGAGCGCAAGNCCCUAUCUUGUUUCGAAGAACGAGCCUGUCAUUGCUGAAGAAGAAAGCCCGAAAACUGCUAGCAAUGCUGAGGACAAUUCGACUUCGGAACCGAAAAAUGUCAAACUUGCAUCUCUCAAUCCUUUUGAGGAGGAAUCAAGCGAGGAUGACAGCGACAGCUGA